AUGAGAAUAUUAUUGAAAAAUUUUGAGAUUAGGAUUAAUAUUAAAAAACAUUAUCUAAAGGAAAAUAGGAAUAAUACCUAAGACAAUUAGGGAGGGUGGGAUGAAUUUGGAGAUGAAGCUUAAGAGACAAAAAUGAGGGAGGAGUAAAAAUUUUUUGUAUUUUGGGCUCCACUCAUAAUUAGUCUAAGUGUGCUUAAGUAUUAAAUUUUAUUCAAGAUCAUGAAGAGUAUGAAGUAAUUGGAGAUAAUACUUUCGAUUAUAAAGGGAAGAAAUUAAUUUUGACGGAGGAGCGAAGAUAUAAAAAUAGCAGAGUUGAACUUAAAAUUGGAACAAAAUAUUUCGGUUUAGGAGUGUAAAGAAAUUUUAAAUAUCUCUAAAAUUAGUAUGGAAGAUUUCCAGAAACUUAUUAAAUAGUUAAUAACAGAACUAUGUGAAUAAAGAACAUUGGGGGAUUUAAAAUUAACAUACUACUUUUAAAGAAAGGAUCCCUCAAAGUUUUUGGAGUGAUGAAUAAGUAGAAUUAAUCAAGUAUUGUGAGAGGUAUUAAAAAGGAUUCAGUUAAGUGUUCGGGAGACCUUGGUAGAGAGGAAACUUACCCUAUUCAAAGAAAAUAAGGGUUUGAAAAUAAAAGAUAUUUGGAGACUGAGUCAGAAAAUAUGCUUAACUUAUUGGAUAAAGGUGAGAGGCGAAUGGAGAAACUUUAUAAAGGAAAGGAUCAGUUUAAAAAAAAAUCUGGAUAUUCAAUAUUUGAUGGAGGGAAGGAACAAAAGCUUCGAAAGAAAAGAAUACAUCCAAUCCUAUAGUGUCUUUAUAAAUUGAUGCUCAGGUUUAUGAGAGAUUGGCUAAAUUAAUUGGAAAUUUUUCUAUAACAUAUUUAAUAUUAAGGAUUUAUAACAUCAUUUUAUACAGAGGAAAGAAUAAUGCCCUACUUUUGA